AGCACGGCAGCCAUGCAGGAGGCUGGCGGGGGCGCAGGCGGAGGCAGCCGGGCGGGUGGCGCGGAAAGCCAGGGCCGGCGGGGUGUCGGGGUUUGCCGGAGUGGACUCCGCAGCACGGGUGCUACUUCCGCUGCAGACCACGGAGCUCCGGGUGUCGCGCCGGCCCAGCACUAUUUGGGGCUGGGUGGAGACCCGUGGUCCCCGGCCCAAAGUCCGGGAAGCCGACCAUGCGUAUUCACCCUAAACGUGCCUUUCCCGUCCGCCUUGGAGGCAGAGAUUGCCUGUGGGUCCCUGGCCCCAGAUGCCGAACCUCACCGUGGGGCGGUUGGGAAGGAGCUCACAGUGAGCGGCAGUGUCCUAGCGGUCUGCUGGAGAGCUGAAGAUUGCCGCCUCCUUCGAAUCUCCAUUGUCAACUUUCUGGACCAGCUUUCUCUGGUGAUGCGAACCAUGCAGCGCUUUGGGCCCCCUGUUGCCCGCUAAGCCAGGGCUAGGGAAAGGGGGGUUAAGGUCUGACCUGGUGGCCCUUCCUAGACAGUGUGCAUCCUUACUAGGGCAGUGAUUCCUGCAUUAGUUGCUGAGUUAUUAUGGGGACAUCAUCUUUUGCUUGUAGUGGCCCUUGGGUGCUCAAGGUCCACUUGCAUUGUUUGGUGCUUAAAUGUUUCUUAACUACUGAAAAUAAAAUUGACGUAUGAUGAGUUUAUUUUCAACUAUA